AUGGCUAGGGGAGAGGAUGAAGACACCGUUAUGGGAGAAGCGGGCUCCCACGCUCUCCCUUCGAUCUACCAUCCUAGUCAGCCAGGACAUCAUUUGAAUGGCAGAUCUGACCCUUGGCUCGCACCCCCUCUGCUCGGACAAUCAGUGAGCCUGCCUGUCCAGUCAGGUGGCUCGCACGCUCCAGCGGACGGCGCAGAACAAACAGCCGCUCCUAGUGAGCCAUCGCCUCCAAAGAGCUUGCCAAAAUCCACCGACUCUGGCGAUGGUACUGCAGAGGACGAAAAGCAGGACAGUCUCGUCGAAGAGAACUCUGACUGGUCUGACGAGGACUAUACCGCACGCACAGGCCUUCCGCUUGCUUCUCUGCCUUCGGGGUUGUGCUAUGAUGUCCAAAUGCGCUACCACUGCGAAGUGAGGCCUACGUCAGAAGUACAUCCUGAGGACCCCAGACGUAUCUAUUACAUCUACAAAGAGCUGUGCCGCGCUGGGCUUGUUGAUGAUCCAGAGUCAUCUCGACCUCUUGUGUCGCGGCCGUUGAAACGAAUUAACGCCCGUAAUGCCACGGAGGAGGAGAUCUCCCUAGUCCACACGCCUGAUCACUACGCGUUCGUCGAGAGCACUAAAGACAUGACGGAUGAAGAACUCAUUGCUUUGGAACAUACACGCGACUCAAUUUACUUCAACAAGCUGACAUUUGCAUCUUCGCUACUGUCUGUUGGAGGGGCCAUUGAAACCUGUCUCGCUGUGGCGACUCGCAAAGUGAAGAAUGCCAUUGCGGUCAUCCGCCCUCCGGGUCACCAUGCUGAACAUGAUAAAACCAUGGGGUUUUGCCUGUUCAACAACGUAUCAGUCGCGGCACGUGUCUGUCAGAAUCAGCUAGGAGAGAGUUGCCGGAAGAUAAUGAUCCUUGACUGGGAUGUUCACCAUGGAAAUGGGAUUCAAAAAGCAUUCUACGACGACCCGAAUGUCUUGUACAUCUCGCUCCACGUGUACCAGGAGGGGAGGUUCUACCCUGGCGGUGACGAAGGUGAUUGGGACCAUUGUGGAACAGGUGCUGGAGUUGGAAGGAAUGUCAACAUCCCGUGGAAGACACAAGGCAUGGGCGAUGGCGACUAUAUGUAUGCGUUCCAACAGGUUGUCAUGCCUAUUGCGCAGGAAUUCAACCCAGACUUGGUUAUCAUCGCGUCUGGCUUCGAUGCAGCCGUGGGCGAUGAACUUGGGGGAUGUUUUGUGACACCCGCUUGCUAUGCCCACAUGACGCACAUGCUUAUGACUUUGGCGAAUGGCAAAGUCGCUGUUUGUCUUGAGGGUGGCUACAAUUUUCGAUCUAUCUCAAAAUCAUCCCUUGCAGUCACCAAGACUCUCAUGGGCGAUCCUCCCGACCGGCUCUAUUCGACAACCCCAUCCGAAGAUGCAACAUCGGUUGUGAGACAAGUGAUGAUGAUCCAGUCCAAGUAUUGGAGUUGCAUGUAUCCCAAGGGCCCACAGGAAGGAGGGGUCUGGACUGAGAGGCUUCAUGGCCUAACAGUUGUCACAGACUACAUCCGCGGCUGCCAGGCUAAGCAGCUCUAUGACAACUAUAAGCUCACGUCUUUGUACAUAUACCGGACACGCAUUUCGAAAUCCUUCGAGAACCAAGUUCUGGCAAGGAUCAAGGCUGAUGUCAUGAAGGAUUAUAUUGGGUGGGCCAUUGGAAAAGGCUAUGCGGUCAUCGAUGUGAAUAUUCCGAAGCAUGUGACUAUCGAACCGGUAACCAACAAAUACGAAGACGAAGAUGAAGACCGUCCUACCGAGACGGAGGAACUGGCUGGAUACCUCUGGGACAACUAUAUCGAACCAAAUGAGGCCACGGAGAUCAUCUUUAUCGGGGUUGGAAACGCCUUUUACGGAGUUGCCAAUCUUCUGAUCAACAGGGACACUCUGUACAAACGGAUCAAUGGGGUGAUUUCGUUUGUUGCCAAUAACUCUGUGCGGGCGAUCGCCUCGCCAACUCAAACAUGGCUGUCCAAAUGGUACAAGGAUAACUCGCUGGUGUUUGUUUCUCGCGCCCAUGGCGUUUGGAACCCGGAGACCAACCGCCACAAGAAGCCUUCCAAACGCUACGGCAAUCUGAUCCAGUCGCCCAAGGAGGGACUCAGUGAGAUCCUGAUGCACCACAAGAGUGAGGUGUAUGAGUGGAUAUCCGAGCGGGUUGAUGUCCACGACAGCGAUGAGACCGAGGAAGAGAGACCGACGAGCCGCUCUCCCAAGAAGGAGCAGGCGAGGAACCAGCUGGGUAGCUAG